UCUUUCCGGAAUUUUCGGCCUUUCGGUCUGUGCCUUCGUCCCGAUAACAUUGGGUAACAUGACGUCCAAAGUAUCACGUGACACUCUCUACGAGUGUGUGAAUGCAGUGAUCCAGAAUUCCCAAGACAAGAAGAGAAAAUUUCUCGAGACAGUUGAGCUGCAGAUUGGCCUGAAGAAUUAUGAUCCCCAGAAGGACAAGCGUUUUUCGGGCACCGUCAAGCUCAAGAACAUCCCCAGACCAAAAAUGCAGGUCUGUAUUCUUGGUGAUCAGCAGCAUUGUGACGAGGCGAAGACUAAUAACGUGCCAUUUAUGGAUGCAGAGGCUCUGAAGAAGUUGAAUAAGAAUAAGAAACUCGUCAAGAAACUAGCCAAAAAAUACGACGCCUUCCUGGCCAGUGAAUCUCUCAUCAAACAAAUUCCACGUCUCCUCGGCCCAGGGCUGAACAAAGCCGGUAAAUUCCCUGGUCUUCUCUCCCACCAGGAGUCGAUGCUCGCUAAAAUCGACGAAGUCAAGGCCACGAUCAAAUUCCAAAUGAAGAAAGUACUCUGUCUUUCUGUAGCUGUUGGACACGUUGAGAUGAGCCCCGACGAGCUCGUGCAGAAUGUUCACCUAUCGAUCAACUUCCUAGUUUCACUCCUGAAGAAACACUGGCAAAACGUUCGCUCACUUCACAUUAAAUCUUCCAUGGGACCACCACAACGAUUGUACUAAACAAAAUUCGACAAAACUGAAUAAAAUGGAAUGCAAUAACUAUAA